AUGGAUGAUACAAAUGAAACAAGUUUUGUUGUUGAUGAAGUAUCAAAUAUAAUAAAAGAAUCAAUUGAAGCCACAAUUGGAUCUCAAUCAUAUCAACAGACAAAAAUUAACACAUGGACAUCAAAUAUAGUCGAAAGUAUACUUAAUUCAUUAACAAAAUUAAAUAAACCCUUUAAAUAUAUUGUAUCAUGUGUAAUUAUGCAAAAAAAUGGUGCUGGUUUACAUACAGCAAGUUCAUGCUUUUGGGAUAAUACAACAGAUGGAUCGUGUACUGUUCGUUGGGAAAACAAAACAAUGUAUGCUAUUGUCUCCGUUUUUGGUUUAUCGAUCUGA